AGCUGCAAAUAUCUUUCAUUUGUCCUCACAUUAUUUUGCAGCAGUUUUCAAAUUUCAAGCCAAAGUUUUAGAGACUGAUAAAAUAUGCCUGAGAAGGAAGUUUCAAGUGUCCUGAAAAAACCUCGUGUUGUGGUGAGGAAGUUCUUGGCGAGGCCUCAGCUUGAAGGAGUUGGAGCCAUUGUUAGAAGGAGCAUAGGGAGGUUUGAGCUGAAAUACUUUGAUCCUUUUCUUGUUUUGGAUGAGUUCUCAGUUACUGCUCCUGCUGGUUUCCCGGAUCAUCCACACAGAGGUUUUGAGACAGUGACCUACAUGUUGCAGGGAGCUGUGACGCAUGAAGAUUUUGAAGGGCACAAAGGGACAAUAGGAGCCGGUGACCUACAGUGGAUGACCGCCGGAAGAGGCAUCCUUCACUCGGAAAUGCCCGCCGCCCAGGGAACCCAAAAGGGUUUACAGUUGUGGAUAAACCUCUCCUCCAAGCAUAAAAUGAUUGAUCCAAAGUAUCAAGAACUAUUGAGCAAGGACGUUGCAGAGGCUUCAAAAGAUGGGAUCAAAGUUAGAGUGAUAGCAGGAGAAGCCUUGGGAACAAAGUCACCAAUUUACACAAGGACCCCAACCAUGUACUUAGACUUCACACUGAAACCAGGAGCUCACUUGGAACAACCAAUACCAACAUCAUGGAAUGCAUUUGUCUAUGUGUUGGAGGGGGAGGGGAUUUUUGGCAGUUCAAAAUCUUUGCCUGUGACUGCCCACCACCUUCUUCUUCUUGGAAUAUCUGGGGAUGGCUUGGAGACAUGGAACAAGUCUUCGAAAACCCUAAGAUUUAUCUUGGUUGGAGGUGAGCCUUUGGGGGAGCCUAUAACGCAAUUUGGCCCCUUUGUGAUGAACAGUCAGGAAGAGAUUGACCAGACCAUUGAUGAUUUUGACAAUUGUGUCAAUGGAUUUGAGAAGGCUAGACAUUGGAGAUCUGGACAUUUGCUUGAUUAGCCUUGAUUUUUAGUUACUGUAUUAUUUGAGAAUUUAUUUGUUGUUGGGUUUUUCCUUUAAAUGGAAAUAAAAGUAGUUGAUUAAUUAGAUCAAA